AUGAAGUCGCAGGUCGACCAGUUGCGGAAAUGGUGUAAACAAGCAUACGAGCAACAUAAAUACGGGACGGCCGAGCUGAUUGGCGACAAGGUUCUGGCACUAACGAAUUCGAGCGAGGACGCGUACUGGCAGGCCCAGACGUUUUAUGCGCGCGGGUUCUAUUUACGAGCUGCGCACCUGCUAACUUCGCGUGAGGACCAUUUGAAAUCGCUCAGGGCACGAUAUUUGGUAGGUCUCAGCCUGAUUGCUGCAGAAAAAUACGAAGAAGCUUUGGCAAUGGUUACCGAUGCGGCAGUGGAUGCCUUGAUUGAAGCUGAAUCCCAAUCGAUGGCUAGCGACGACGAUUCGGGGGCAAGUUCUCGCUCUUUAUUAUAUUAUCUUGAGGGACAGAUCCACACACUGCAAAAUAACUACGAACGUGCCAAAACAGCUUAUACCCGAGCCGUUACCACUGACCCGCGGUGUUACGAUGCUUAUGCGCAGUUGGUAGGACACCAGCUCAUGUCGUCGAGUGAGCAACGGAAGCUAAUUGCAGGACUCGACUUUUCCGUUCUUGGCGCAAACGCUGAUCUUGUCAAAGCUCUCUACGUUGUGCGAAUGUCGAAAGCCAGUGACUUGGAGAUGGUGAACGAUGCCCUAGCUACUCUGGACGAGGAGUAUGACUUCAAAACUAACGUGGAUUUGAUGGUUGUCAGAUCAGACAUCUUGCUGAUGCAUUGUCGCUAUGCAGAGUGUAGAGAUCUCUGUGAGACUGCUCUGACUUUGGACCCCCACAACUACAGUGUAUACCCCAACUAUCUUACUUGUUUACAAGAAUUGAAAUGCUUGAACAGCCUUUUUGAAGUCGCACACACUUUGGCUCGAGAGUGCCCGGACGAAGCAGUCAGCUGGCUAGCUGUUGGUAUUUACUACUUUACAAAGGGCAACCUCAGUGACGCGAGAAGAUAUUUCAGCAAAGCAAGUAUCAUGGAGCCGUACUGUUCUGCGGCAUGGCUUGGGUUUGCUCACACGUUUGCUCAAGAAGGCGAGUACGAACAGGCUAUCACGGCCUAUUCCACGACGGCUCGACUAUUCCCCGGCUCGCACCUACCGUAUUUGUUUUUGGGCAUGCAGCAUUUACAUCUCAACAACUUGAGCUUGGCAGGAGAGUACCUCAUGACGUCGUUUUCAAUCUGUGAUAACGACCCUCUGCUCCUGAAUGAAAUCGGAGUGGUGCAUUAUAACAAAAAUGAGCUUGAUCGAGCGCGAGAGUUCUUGGAGAAAGCGCUAGAAAUUGCCAAUAGCCUGGAAUCUGAUCCUGAAAGCUGGUUAUGUAUCCACAGCAAUCUAGGAUUUGUCUACCGAAGGCUCGGCGACUACACAACCAGCUUACAGUUUUUCAACCAUGUUUUAAAGUCAUCGAAACAAGACCCCAGCAUCCUCUCAGCGGCAGCUCUUGUACACAUGCAGCUAGGGGAACCCGAUAAGGCUAUAUUGAGAUUGAAUCAAGCCUUGAGUCUGUCUCGAAAUGACUCAAUCACUCUAGAUCUGUUCAGCAGGGCAAUUGAAGAGGCCAGUAACGACUUUGACCCAGAAACUAUGGUAGACCAGCACCCGCAACUCAGUCUUGACGAUAUUACCGGUGAUAAAGAUGCAAUGGCCCAAGAUUAA